GAGAUUAUGAUGAGCUCUGUGACGAAAGGCCGUAGAUGAAAUUAUAUUUAUGUUGUGUGUUGGACGCACUGGAUGCGGUUAUCUGCCGUUUUACGGUGUCAGUCAACAUAUUAUUCCGUUAAGACAUUUGUUGAACAUCGACUACGAAUGCUCGGCUAUGUGUUGUUGUCUAUUUGACGUGAAGACGCUCAAGGGAGGCAAGUCCAUGACACCAUGAGUCCUCCAGCUCUGCUCUGUUGUCACAGGAAAAUCUGGUUGCAUUCAGCAGCAGGAAGCAAACGCAUCUCUUUAUUAUUUAUUAUCUUCCCCCGGAUGCUAUGGAAGGACAAGCAUAAUGAAUAGAUACACUACCAUCAGACAGCUCGGGGAUGGCACCUACGGCUCUGUCAUCCUCGGCCGCAGUCUGGAGUCAGGAGAGCUAGUUGCCAUAAAGAAAAUGAAAAGAAAAUUCUACUCCUGGGAAGAAUGUAUGAACCUUCGUGAAGUCAAGUCCUUAAAGAAACUCAACCAUGCUAAUGUGAUCAAACUUAAGGAGGUAAUUCGAGAAAAUGAUCACUUGUACUUUAUAUUUGAGUACAUGAAGGAAAAUCUAUAUCAGCUAAUGAAAGACAGGACUCGAUUGUUUCCUGAAUCUGCCGUAAGAAAUAUUAUGUUUCAGAUACUACAGGGGCUCGCGUUCAUUCAUAAACAUGGGUUUUUUCACAGGGACAUGAAACCUGAGAAUCUUCUGUGCAUGGGUCCAGAGCUGGUGAAAAUAGCUGACUUUGGGCUUGCCCGUGAAAUCAGAUCUCGACCACCAUACACAGACUAUGUCUCGACCAGAUGGUACAGAGCCCCAGAGGUGCUCCUCAGAUCCACAUCCUACAGCUCACCCAUAGACCAGUGGGCAAUUGGCUGCAUCAUGGCAGAGCUUUACACCCUCAGGCCUCUUUUCCCAGGUUCCAGUGAAGUAGACACCAUAUUCAAAGUGUGCCAAGUCUUGGGUACACCAAAGAAGAAUGAUUGGCCAGAGGGAUACCAUCUGGCGAGCGCUAUGAAUUUCCGUUGGCCUCAGUGCGUUCCCAGUAAUCUGAAGACGCUGAUCCCAAAUGCCAGUCCUGAAGCCAUUCAUCUGAUGACAGACUUGCUCCAGUGGGAUCCCAAGAAGAGACCAGCUUCUGCCCAGACUCUCAGGUACUCUUACUUCUAUGUGGGCCAGGCUUUGGGCACUCCUCAGCAGAUCUUGGAGCAGGGCAGACCUCAGCCAGGCCAUGUGCCGCUGCAGGCUCCUUUACAGUCACAACAGACGCUGCAGCAGCAGCCCCUGCUGCUUAAGCCAAUGCCCCCCUCCCAGCCUCCACCUCCCAGCCAGCACUGCUCCCCCCCCAGGCCUCUUCAGCAGAUCCAGCCCGCCGCUGUAUCUGCAGCUGCCCAGGCGGCAGUGUACCAACGGCACACAGAGCUGGUGCGAGAGCAGCAACAGAAGCACAUCCUGAAGCAGGAACAGAGUGGAAGAACACCACAGGGCCAUCUGCCUUACAUUGUUGACAAGAGUCUCCAGAGCAAGCAAGCAAGACAGGAGUCAGAAAAAGCAAACCUGCUGAGCUAUCAGGUAAAACCUAAAGGAGGGCGGCGACGCUGGGGCCACGGCACAGGGCACCUUAAGGGUGAAGACUGGGACGACUAUGAAGAAACCGAUUUGACAUCCAUAAGUGUUCUUGGAAAAAGUAACUUCUCCGCAGAGCAGUCGAGACAGAGCGAUCUGAGCAGAUAUGGAAAUGUUCUGGAUUUCAGUCGACCCAAUGGGAAGGAAGAUGCGCCUUUAAACCUGAACAAGAGUUCAGCCUACCAGGAGCCUUCAAGAACCGCUUCUGCCAAACAACAUUACCUGAGGCAGUCAAGAUAUUUACCUGGCAUUAGCACAAAGAAGAACGGAGCCAUAAACGCCAGUAAAGACUUCACUGGAAGCCAUCUUUGGGCCAACAGUAGUAUUCCAUUUGGAGGGACUCUGCCGAGCAGAGGCGCUCACGGUACAAACACAAUUCCAGGUGGAUACAUGCCGUCGUUUUACAAAAAAGACAUUGGAUCUGCCGGUCACAGAACGCCCCAGGGUCCUUCAGUGGAAUCAACAGCAUCAAAUUAUGCAACAUGGCAGUCUGGCCGGAGUCCGAUGAACACCUCUUCCAACAUGCCGCUGGCCAACAAGAGCACCCCCGGUCUGCUGCCUCACCCGCCGGUGCACAACAUCCACGGUCGAACAGAUUGGUCUGCCAAAUAUGGACACCGCUAGUGCCACGCCUGGAGCUCUAUCUGCUCCUAUGAACUCUUUCACCUCCAAAGAGUAGGCCUAGUUGUUUUAUAAUCUAAGUCUGUACAAACAUCUUACACAGCAAUAAUUUUGUUUUUCAUUAUGUGUACUAUGGAUGUUGUGAGUUGUAAAAUAUCUGUGUAUAUUUAAAUGCAAGCGGCCAAAGUUUGAGCCCAGAUUUGCUCCUCAGUGUUUUAUUUUGUAUUUCUGUAACAUAGCUUCUGUCCUCUAAAGGUCACAUCUGUUUUGUAUCAGAUUUAUCAUUGAAUGUUCACCAAACUGUAUACAUAAUAUGCAUAUCAUUUUAUGAAAACUUCACUGUGACUUGUUUUUGGCUACAACUAAUUACUUUGCCUCUGUACAGUUCAGUCUUUUCUUUUUUUUAUAACAUUCCUGCUGUUUUUGUUCAAUAAUGGUAGCCUUGUCAAUCAGGUAACUGUCAUUUGUGCAUUAUAAGUUUUUAAUAAAAUUCAAGGCCUUGCUCUUAUUUCAGUCAUUAAUACAAUGCAAGUGGUUGCCACACUGUAUAAUCAGUUUUAGUUUCUGUUCUACCCCCUUGGCCAAAGUGAGUGUGAUUAUUGAAUUGCCCGUUUAUCAAGUGUAAUUAAACUGUUGACUGGG